GUUCCUGUGUCUUUGUCUUAGGUGUACCGGAGAGAGGUGGAGGAGAACGGGAUUGUUCUAGACCCCCUCAAGGCCACCGUCGCUGUCAAAGGUGUCACUGGCCACGAGGUCUGCAAGUACUUUUGGGACACCACCUACCGCUACGACUGGGAAACUACUGUUGAAAACUUUAAUGUAGUAGAGAGAUUGUCAGACAACGCUGUCAUCAUCUACCAGACACACAAGAGGGUAUGGCCUGCCUCCCAGAGGGAUGUCCUCUAUCUGUCUGGAAUGCGCAAAGUCCCGGCAACCAACGAGAACGACCCGGACACUUGGCUCGUGUGCAACUUCUCUGUAGAACAUGACAAUGCCCUGCCCACUAAUAAGUGCAUUCGUGCCAAAAUCAAUGUGGCCAUAAUCUGUCAAACCCUGGUCAGCCCACCAGAGGGCGAUAAAGAGAUCAGUCGGGACAACAUCCUCUGUAAAAUCACCUACGUAGCCAAUGUGAACCCAGGAGGCUGGGCACCUGCCUCAGUCCUCAGGGCAGUGGCUAAGAGAGAGUAUCCCAAAUUCCUGAAGCGUUUCACCUCCUACGUCCAGGAGAAGACCAGUGGGAAGCCAAUCCUCUUCUAAUACCAGCCGCAGAGUUUGGGCAUACAUCGCUCCGGAUGUCUGCAGGAAAACCAACACUGGUCUGCUCUGCUCUCCCAUGGACUACACUCCCCAUGUUCCCCAGCGUCAAAAGAGCUGCUUACAUCAUCUCAUUUACCAGCAUGAACCCCCAGCUGUCGGAUGUGGCGUCGAGAGGGGUCUCGUGUGUCUCCUCUAAAAAAAAUAACUGUUUAUGCAUAGCAAGUAUUUGUAUAGAGUGCCAUGCCAUGUACCAAAGGCAGUCACAUCCAUGGGAGAACACUGAAAGGAGUUUUAUUGAGCCUUGUUCACUACUUGAACUGUUUACAGUAACAUCGCUAACUAAAGCCUUACUUGUAUAUCUUAAGUUCAGAGUCAAAUCCCAACUGGUACAGCAUAACAAACAGACGGUGAUGCAGCCACCUACCCUAAUGCUUACCAUUGUGACUGAAGGCUUGUAUAAAACAAUGCUUUAAAAAUCGGUUGCUCCAUUUGGAUGCGGAGCUGUUGUCGCUUUGUUUUAUAUGUAAAUGCUGUAAGUAUUCAGAAUAACCGUUUGUGGGUGUUUGCUUUGAUCAGUUCUUGUAUUAUGGAUUUUUUUUUUGUUUGUUUUGUAUUCAUUGGUCAGAUUUCGAACCCGAAAAAAAUACAGUUAAUGAAAGAAUGAA